CUUUACACGCUCACUCUCUCUCUGUCUCUCAUUUUUUGUGUACAUGCAUUUGUGUGUAUGGGUUGGUACAAUUACUGCGAGUGCGUCGAUACUGCAUUCGGUAUGUUUUGUUAAAUGAAGAAAAGUGCUAACGGAUGCACUCAAAUUUGCUGAUAUUUAUUUGGCGCCGUAAACUUUCAUUUCUGGUGCUGGCGUCGGGUCUUGUCUUGCUUGGACUCUGGACAUGGGCCAUACUUAUUGAUAGUACGAAAACACUGCCAGCAUUUACACAGCAGACAUCGCAGUCCGGCGAGGCCAAUUAUCAGCACGUUCACAUCAUACAGAAGUUGAUUGCCCAAGCGAAUCGUGUGCUGCGCGCCGAGCGACAAAAGGAUAACGCGGAGCGGCCAUCGCCGGCACAGCGUUUGCUGGGCAACGUGCGCUUUGUGCGUCCGACACAGGCCAAGAAGGCGCCGCUGCCGUUGGCCGAGAGCUAUCUGUUUGAGCAGGAACGCCUGAAGAUCCUAGAGCAACAGCAGCGCCAGCGCAACGCAGGCAUGGACGAGCUCAAUGCCAAUGCCGAGGAUGAUCGCAUGCUCAGCUCUGCGGAGCGUCAGACCCAAUACGAGCACGAAUUGCAACGCAUGGGCGUACCAGCUGUCGCUGGCAUUGGCCCGGAUGGACCACGUGCUCCACAAGAGCGACUGGUCCACCUCGAUCUUAAGGGCGCACCACCCAAGCUGAGCUUUCUCAAGCAACUCUUGCCCGUGCUGCGCGCCCUGGGCGCCACGGGGCUGCUUAUCGAGUACGAGGAUAUGUUUCCCUACACCGGCGCGCUGCAGCCCCUUGCUGCUCACAAUGCCUACAAGGAAGCCGAACUGAAAGAUUUUCUGGAAACGGCUUGGGUCGAGUAUGGCCUGAGCGUGAUGCCGCUGGUCCAAACUUUUGGGCAUCUGGAGUACGCACUGAAGUUGUCCGGAUUUGAGCAGCUGCGCGAGCUGCCCGAGAGUCCGCAGUCAAUUUGUCCCAGUCAACCGCAGAGUCUGGCCUUGCUGGAGCAGAUGCUCACCCAGGUGAUUGAGCUGCAUAUGCGGCCCUCUGGCAAUGCCACGCCCUCGACACCGGAGCUGCCCAUCAAGUUUACCCAUUUGCACAUUGGCUGUGAUGAGGUGCAGCGCAUGGGCGAGUGCCCGCUCUGUCGCCAGCGACUGCGAAGCGAACUCUUCCUUUCGCAUGUGAUUAGCUUGGCGCAUUUUGUGCGGCGUCGCUGGCCGCAACUGAGCGUGGUCAUCUGGGAUGACCAGCUGCGUGACAUGACGCUGAGCGAGCUGCAGAACUCGCAGAUCGGCAGCUAUGUGGAGCCCAUGGUGUGGGUGUAUGCCAGCGAUAUAUAUCAUUUCAUACAGCCACAGCUGUGGGACACCUAUUCGAAGGUAUUUCCCAGCGCUUGGGCUGCGUCCGCUUACAAGGGUGCGUUUGGGGAGAGUCUGCUGGUGCCCCCGCUGCAACAGCACCUGGAGAACAAUAUACGCUGGCUGGCGGUCAUAGCUAAGGAGGGUGGGCGCUUUGCCAAGGGCUUGAGGGGGCUGGCGCUGACUGGCUGGCAGCGCUAUGAUCAUUUUGCCGUGCUCUGUGAGCUGCUGCCCGUCGGCAUGCCCAGCCUAAUGACAUCUUUGUCCACAGUGUCCAAGGGUUACUUCAGCACCAAUCCACGUGACAACGAGCUGUUGCGUGUGCUGCGCUGCGUCUUCCAGCCGGAUAGCCGGCGCUCUGGACAUCCCUGGCUGGAAUUGCAUUCCAAUGCGCAUUACAGUCAACUAUUCGCUGUGUGCAGCUAUCCGGGCCACCUGGUCUUCAAGUAUGCGCUGCGCUUGUACGACAAACUGGCCGAGGUGCGCAACUAUCUGCAACAGACACGGGAGCACAGUGCCUGGCUCUCCGACUACAAUGUCAGACACAACUUUAGCUCGCCCCUGCGAGUGCAGGAGCUGACGGCGCGCACACCCCAACUAAUUGAGGAGCUGCGCGCUAUGGCACGCGAGUCCCAACAGCUCUUGUGGGAAGUGUACGAUGAGCAUACGGUAGCAGAAUUUGUGGAGCAGCACAUUUAUCCCAGCAUCAAUGCGCUGCAACAACAGCUGGCUAAUGGACAAACGCUGUUGCAGAGACGCACCUGGCCGCAACGGCCGCUGCCGCUUACCAUGGAGCUGCAGCAGGAUAUGGGGCUUCUUACCACGUUGGAUCAACAGCAGCAGCAGCAGCAACAUUAAGCACAACACUGAAUGAAUUAUAACUGAUUGUUAACAGUUGGGAGCACACAUACAUAUUUUGUAGUCAAGGCGUUCCAAACGCCCUAAGCCAAUGAUUAAUAACAAAUGUUAUCACCGCUGCGGCAUUUCUCGAUAGCAACUCGUAGUUAACAUCAAAUGUUCAUUCUGCCAAUAUGUCACUUUAUAAGCUCAAUUAAUCAUACAUACACCAUAUUAACUUUACUACCAUA